GACAGCUUUUUGUGGACUUUAAAAAUAUUAGGAAAAAUAUGUUGAAUACAAUUGUUUGCCUAAUACUCGUAAUUCAUAUAAUUGUGCCAAAUAUUGAAUCUCUUGAGUCGGACGACAAGAGUGAAGAUAUUAAGCGACGACUUCCCGACAAUUUCCGACAAUACAAGUCCACCACAACCACCACCAGACCCGAUGAGGUUUAUAUUGAGCCCCUACAGGAUGUUAAAGAGUUUUGCUUUCAAAUGCUGGAGAAGUACCGGAAUGGUGGGGACGGGGACUACGUGUGGCGGCCAUACAACUCACGAUUUUAUGGCGAAUUGCGGUGGAAAAAGAAAAUUCCCAAAAAUGUCUGA